AUCAAGUACAAAAGACAGUAAAUCAGGACACUAUAAAAGGAACAUGAGAGGCUGUGAGGAUGACAGAGCAAGAGCUGGAAACAAACAUCAGUGAAGAAUGAAGGCUUUAGUAUGUAUACCGCUGCUGUUGGAAAACUUUGUGUUUGUCGUCCAGCAGCAGGUAGAUGGAGGACUCAAUGAGAAGGAGAUCAGUCAACAGAUCAGCUCUGAGGACGGAAGACAGAAUCCACCUCAAACAGACACUUUGAGAGCUGAAGCUUCAACUGACAGACAACAAUACUGUGAUCUGGGCAUCCCUGACAUCCAUACAGCACUGAGAGAACUGACCGCCACCGUUACAGAGCAGAAAGGAAACAUCAGAGAACUGACCGCCACCGUUACAGAGCAGAAAGGACACAUCAGAGAACUGACCGCCACCGUUACAGAGCAGAAAGAAAACAUCAGAGAACUGACCGCCACCGUUACAGAGCAGAAAGAAAACAUCAGAGCUUUAGAGACGCAACUAAGAGAACAACAGAUGUUUAUCCUGGAAGAGCUGAACAAGAAAAAUGAAGAAAUUUCAAAUCUUACUCUGAGUCAAGUGGAGUUGAGAAAGGAAAAUAGAGACAGAGAAAUAGCUUUUUCAGCUUCACUGAUGGAAUCUGGCAGUGGAUAUAUUGGUCCUUUUACCACUGAAAUCACACUAACCUACAGGAACGUCUUCACAAACAUAGGGAACGCCUACAACCCAAUUACAGGUGUUUUCACAGCCCCACUGAAAGGAGCGUACAUGUUCAGAGUCUCUGCAUAUGGUCAUGGCGGAACUGCAGUAACUGUAGCCAUUUAUAAGAAUGGAAAGCAGGUGGUUAUGGCAUAUGGUGAUCAGACUCAGGGUGGGUUAAGCUCCUCGAAUGGAGUUGUGUUGAUCCUGGAGUUUGGAGAUGUUGUCUAUGUGAGACUUUGGUCUGGUAGGAGGAUAUUUUGUGACCAGAAUAACCGCAACACUUUCAGUGGUUUCUUGCUGUUUCCCUUAAGAUAACAGGUGCUUUGAAGAAUGUGAUUUCAAUCAUUCUGAAACCUUCAGUGUAUGAUUUAAGACGAAAACCAUGAAGAAUCAUUUAACAUAUAAAUCUGUAUUAAUGAGGACUAAUGUUUCUUUGAAAUUUGUAAUAGAUUACUGUAUAAAAGUCUGAUCAUACAUGCAAGUUUGUAUAAAGAGUUUCAGCACUUAGACAGAGAGGAUCCAUGAAUAUCACAUGUAACUCAAAAUUGUUUUGUUAAAGCAGUAAACCUACACUUUUUUUUUUUUAAUAGAUUUUUUGUUUGUUUGUUUCCAUUCCAAAUAU